AUGCCCGACAGGCCCGAGCGCAUCGACUUCACGCUGGCCGGCGGCGGCGCCACCCUGGUCGGCGUAAGCAACCAGCACCGCACCGUCCUGCACGAUGCCGCGUCCGAAGUCACCUCGGAGGGGCCGGAGAUGGCUCACCUCAAGGCCGGCGGCACCUUCGUCAUACCGCUCGGCCGUCGCCGCCUCUGCGCGGUCAAGCGCCGCCACUAUUACUAUCCCGCCAGCCCGGACGAGCCAACUGAGCCACUCGGCGAGACCCUGGUCGGCGGCCUUGCCGCCGGAGCCUGGCGCGCGCUCCCGGACCCGCCGCCCGACCUCAUCCGAAGUAGACGCGGCAACCCGUCGUGCCUGGUCACCGCCUGCUACUUGGCAGUGGGGAAGCGCCUCUGGGUCUCGGCCAGGGACAGGGGCACCUACUCGGUCGACACGACAGCCCGCGCCGCCGAUGGUUGGCGCAAGGAGGGCGACUGGCAGCUGCCGUUCCAGUGCCGCGGCCUCCUGGCCCCCGACCUGGCUCCUGGCCUCUGCUUCGGCCUCUGCCCCCGGAUCACCCGCCUCUGUGCCUGCGAUGUCCGGCGCUCACCUCCGCCGGUCCGGUACGCCUGGGACGACACUCGGCCGUGCUGGCCGACGCCCUUCAGCCAAGAGAACAUCGCCACCGUCGCGCGGCUCCCGGACAGCAGCCUGGCCUACCUCGGCGACGGCGAGUUCUGCAUUGCGUGGACCAUCGCGAUCAGCGAGGACAACUCGACCAUAAGUCAGCGUGCGCUCUGGUUGAUGGGCGUCAAGAUCGGCAAGAACUCGCCGUCGGCACCCCUCCGCCUGCUCCACCACAAGGCCUGCAUCUAUGAGUUGCCGGACCGGGCUCUCAUGGCCUACGCUCUUCACGCUGAUUGA